CAUCCUGCGUCAGCAUUUGUGCCUCAGAAUCCAGGGGCAACCUUUUCCUCGACGGGAAAGCCAAACUCGGUGAGACUUGGGCCAGACAGGACUCUUGCCCCACAUCACCCGAGGCCAGAGUAGCCAACGGACGGUCCUCUCUUAAAUCCCCUCUCCCUCUGCGAGCAAUCCUGUGGCAUCUCUGGUCCGUUGCUUGCAACGGGGAGUGGGUAGUUCCCCCUUGGAAACAAACCCAAUCCCUCUUGCUGCAGCGCAAACUACUUCCUUUAAUUCUGGCUUCAGUGGGACUGAUAAACCCAGUCCCCUGCCUCCCGCCCAGGAGAGAAAUGAGGCGGACCCUUCCUAACUGUCCUCCCUGCCAUGGGGCAGUCUUCGUGCUCUUGCGGGAUGAGCAGCUGUGCCCUCUCCCCCCGCGCGGCGGCGCUCGCACUGUGCGUUCCAGUGGAGCCGGUGGAGACGGGCUGAGCCGGCUGGGUACCCGAAGCUGAGCGCGGGCUCCCUUAACAAGCUCUGGGACCUGCGCAAGCGACUGCACCACCUCAUCUGUAAAAUGGACUUUAUUGUCGUGUCAGCCCCUCAGAGGGGCUGAUGCUUAAGUGGGCGAAGUGUGCACAGCGCUCAGCCUGACACACUGGAGAUGCCCAAUACUUGGGAAACAGCAGCCACUGCUCUAGGACGCCGGCCCGCUCAGCGUGUAUCCACGUUUAUAAAACGGGGGCGCUAGUUCCCUCCUCGUUUGAAUUUCAAACGAGAAAAGGCGCGUCAAAGUGCUUUUGAAGGCGGAACGGACCCUCGCGCACAACGGGAUCUGUCAGCCCCAGCCGGGGUCCCAAGGCCCGAUCCAACCUGGCCUCGGACCGCUCGGAAGAACCGCUGCGACUCGGGCGCCUGCCUAUAUAACUCUCUGCAGCUACGCGCGGCCAAGCCGCUGGACAAUCCGGCGCUCCCAGCAGGCAACUCCCUGCAAGCUACGUGAGGGGGCGGGGCCUUCCGCGGAGGGGCGGGGCGCUUGGCUCCCAAGUUCUUCAGAAAAGCAACUCCCGCCUCCCUCACUCUGCGUCUUCAGCCAGUCUGUGUUCUAGCGGCUCCCGAUGCCUGAUUCCCCCUUCUUCAGUCCCCCUCAGCUGUCCAUCUGGCUGGAACACACCAGCCCAGGCUGAGCUCCGUGGGUAGAUGGGCUCUCUGGCUUUAGCAACUGGUACGUCUCCACCCUCUGCCCCCAGCCUAGAAAUUAGACCCUGCAAUCCCACUGUGUUAGGUCUGACCCCUGCUCUGCUCACCGAUUCCUAGGCAGUGAGUCCCACGACUCGUACUUCUCCAACACACAGAGACACGAAUGGCAAGACAGCUGCGUGGGGAGGGUGGAGCUGGGACCUUAAGGGGAGGAAGCUGAUGUCAGGAUCCUCUCAGUCAGGUGGCAGUCAAUGGGGAGCAGAAAGCCAUAGCCUGUCUGCUGGCCGAGGGAGUCUGCACUACAGGCUUCCCACUGCAUGAAGGAGAGAAGACACGAGCUCAGCCCUCUUCUGCUGCUGGGGCAUCAGGAGGGAAUUCUGGGACCUCCCUGCAGCCCUCCCUCCGUUCAUCUGCCUAGGACCCCUUUGAACUGCCCGGGUAUCAGGUGCCUGGGGUACACCCCAACCCUCACCGAUUGCUGCACUCAUCCUGGGCCUGCUGGAGAUGCUGGCACAGGCACCAACACUUGCACCUCAUAUGAGAAUACUUUGGGGAGACGGUGGCCAUCUACUUUGGCUAGCUGGGCUGCUUCUCUAUCUGGCAACUGUGUUCUUCAGCAUCUUCAUGUCCUUCCGAGCCCUUCUGAGCCACAGCCUUCCUGCAUCACUGGAAGUGCAAGAGCACCCCCUUGGCCCACCACCAGGACCUCAGUGGCUUCCAGGAAGAGGAAGUGAUGCGCAAGGCAGCCUGCCAGGGGAACCUCACCCUCUUCUACUGGAAACUGCUGGCCCUGCGUCUGGGCUUCAUCGUCGCCUUCGAGCAAGUGGUGUUCUUCGUGCGCCUCCUCGUCUGGCUCGUGCCCGACGUUCUAGCCGCCUGGUGACCAAAAUAAAGCGCGAGCACUAUCUGGUCGUGCAGGAGCCUGCGGACAACCGGGAGGUGCUGCCUCUGCAGAGGCACUGUCCCCAGAGCCCGGGACUAGGGGCGAGUAAGGUGGAGCUGUCUUUCAAGAAUCCUAGGUUCUGCAGAUGCUUCCUUUCCUUUGGGGGGUCCUCUGCCUCUGGCAGGGGGUCUAGGCAGUACCUUGGCCAGCGGCCCCAAGGUCGGCCUCUGAACUGGGCUGCGAGGAUUAAAGCUCUCUGAAGACCACUAGUCCCUCGUUGCCUCCCUCUCCCUGUCGCAGUCUCCUUUUCUACGUGCAGUGCUGGGA